AUGCUUUUUAUCAGAAAAGUGCAGAUUUAUUACAGGCGUAACCUGGAAGAGUACCGCUGGCUUCUCAUAGGAAACCUUGCUGCGUUCCUGCUACUUCUCUUAUCAAUUGCGUUUCCUGCAUGGAUUGUCCGACAAAACUCAGAUUCAACAGUCGAAUACUACGGUGUCAUCUGGAGUCUUUACCGAUCCAACACCUCUUUCAACGUCUACAAGAUCCACACAUUCUGCGAUGGAAAGAUGGAAGAUGUAGGACAGUCAAAAACUAAGAUUAUCGUUUUAAGCUCUCUAUCUGUUAUGGGAACGACGGAAGGUAUCGAGUCUACACGAUGGCUGAUAGGGGCAAAUUACUCUUGCUCACUUUAG